CCUGUGCUUUGCUGCUUAGUGCAGGGUGGAGUUUUAUAGUUUAAGGCUGGUCAAAGUAGGCGGGCACUGUAGAAUAGUCAGUCUUAGAGCUGGGACAUACACAAAUGAAGGGGACAGGAGGCAGCAGGCACAGGUAUAGGUAAAAGCUGAGUACACGUGUAUAUGAGAGCCUGGCAUGAAGGCAGAGUGCCAGUACAUGAAUGCACAGCUGUUCGUGUUGCUGCCUGGAGGAGUGUGUACUGCAGCAGUGUAUGUGUGUGAGGGUAACUUUGCUUGAACCUGGUGUGGUGGUGCUUCAAGAAGACUUGUUAAGGUGCCUUGCAACCAUGAUGAAGUCUAGAAGGGUGCAGGUGCUCCUGAUUCUGGCAGUUCUGUCCUUCCUUCUGAUCCACUUCCAGUUCCUACCCUGCAGCAACUAUGCCUCCAUGGAAGAAAAACCUUCUCCAGUCCACAUCCUCAUUCUCUCCUCCUGGCGGUCAGGAUCUUCCUUCACUGGACAAAUCUUCAGCCAGCACCCCAGCGUCUUCUACCUGAUGGAGCCCGCAUGGCAUGUGUGGGUUAAGAUGUACCAGAACAGUGCCAAAGUCUUACACAUGGCAGUGCGGGACCUAGUCAGGUCAGUCUUUCUGUGUGACAUGUCUGUAUUUGAUGCUUACAUGUCUAGCCAGAAGAAGAAGUCUGAUUUAUUUCAGUGGGAGACAAGCCGAGCCUUGUGCUCCCCCCCUGCCUGCGACUCAUUCAGUCGCAGUGACAUAAUCACUGCAGGCAAUUGCAGAACGAUCUGUGGCAAGUACCCAUUCAGCAAGGUGGAGGAGGCUUGUAAAACCUAUAGCCACAUUGCCAUCAAGGAGGUUCGGUUCUUUGACCUGAAAGUUCUCUACCCCCUUCUCACUGAUCCAUCCCUGAACCUCAAAAUCAUCCACUUGGUACGUGAUCCUCGGGCUGUGUUCAGGUCCCGAGAGAAUACAAUGGCAGAACUGAAACGUGACAGUAACAUUGUUGUGGGGUCCCAGAGGACGAAGGGAGAAAUGGGGCCCUACAACACAAUGCAAGUAAUCUGCAAAAGCCACGUUGAGAUUUAUAAGGCAGGCAGUCAGGCCAUUCCCAGCUUCCUGAAAGACCGCUACCUGCUGGUUCGCUAUGAAGACAUUGUCAGAGACCCGCUAGCAAGAGCUGCUCAGAUGUACAGGUUUGCAGAACUCCAUUUCACACCAGAACUUCAGAAGUGGGUGCACAACAUCACCCAUGGGAAGGGGCAAGGAGCACAGGCCUUUGAUAUUGGGUCCAGAGAUGCACUGAGAGUAUCCCAGGCCUGGAGGGAGACCCUUCCCUUCCAAAAAAUAGAAAAAGUGCAAAAUGUGUGCAAGGAUGCAAUGGACUUGCUGGGCUACCAGCUCGUUCAGUCCGAAGAAGAGCAAAAAAAUAUGUCGCUGGAUCUUUUGUUUGCCCAGAACUCAGAGGAGUAACAAAUUCUGAAGGCAGAAAAGCUGCUCUCUGCAUGUACUCUGUGAAGGCUGCAGAGUGCAGAACUGUUUCGUAGAGCAAAAGAGGACAGAGGUGCAUGCAUAUGUGUGUAAGAGUGCGUGCAUGGAUGUGCUAUGCAAGGACAAGUAACACAGGAACCCCGACUCACUCAUGAGAGCUUUCUCAGCAGCACAGGGUCACUCUCUGAGGCCCCUGGAGGCUCAGCCACAAAGCAGGCUGAAGUAAUGAAAGUCUGUUUUCCAAAUUAAGUCCAUGGUUUAUGUGAAAGUGGAUGUGUAGGUUGGAGCAAACAAUGCCAAAGGAGCAGGACCAGAUAGCAGAGCUCAAAGCCCUCACAGACCACAGCUAAAUACUAGUGAAACCACAUCGAGCAAUUGCACUGCAAAGGAAGAGGAGACAUAAAUGGAAGCUGAAUAAAGAGAGCCUUAUUUGUCGUGCUGCCACCCAGGAUAUGUAAAGCCAGAAGAGAUGCAAGGAUGACCAGACAUUGGUUUCCAGAAAGAUCCUUUUUUCAGAAUGGUUGAGUUUUCAAGCCCAGUUUUUCUUUUGCUCCAUUCCUGUGCUUGGGCAUCCGGCCUUGGUGGCAAUGUUGGGGAAAUGUUUGUGUUUACUUACUAUAUAACGGGCAAACAGAAUAAACCAGCUAUAGUUGAAAAUAAAAACUCCUGGGUUUGCA